AUAUUUACAAAGAAGAAAAACGUCGUCGUAAAGAACUUGAAAGACAGAUUGAAGAGAUCAAUGAAUCAUCUCUUCAAAACAUCUGUCGAUUACAAGAAGUUAUCAAUGAGAAGAAUAAUUUCAUCGAUAAAUUAGUUGAUGAAUUUAGAUGGCUUGAAGCAUUCUAUGGUUCAAGCUUUCAGCAUGCCAAAUGGGUUUAUCAAAAUCAAGUUCCAGUAGACAACACUGAUAGUCUUGAUAACCAAGAGGCUCUUGUUGAUGACGAUGAGAUUUCAGGUACUGAGAAUAGUGAUUCAGAUGAUGUUGAUUUUAAUCCUCUAAAACUUCCUGCUGAAAUUCUUGAGGACGAAUAUUAUACUUUUGAGGGAUUUGAUUAA